GUAUGUAUAGGAUCCUAGUGGAAGGGACACCACACUACUUGGUGGUAAGGAAUACCUGUGUAUGUAUAGGAUCCUAGUGGAAGGGGCACAGCUCUACUAAGUGGUAAGGAAUACCUGUGUAUGUAUGGGAUCCUAGUGGAAGGGACACAGCUCUACUAAGUGAGGAACUGUUUUUUUAAAAGAUCCCAAUGGAAGGGACACUGUGAAGGUCUACAGAGUAAUGAGGAGUAUACCUUGGAACCCAGUGGAAGGGACGUGACUAUACUUGAUGAUAAGGAAUACCUGUUUAUUUAAAAGAUCUUAAUGAAAGGGACAUCGCAAGGGCUACAGAGUGGUAAUGAGUGUCUUGUAUCCCAGCAAUAGGGACAAUUCUACAAUGUGGUAAGGAAAACUUGUGUCCCAGUGGAAGCGAUGUCUUGAAGGUCUACAGAGUGAUGAGGAGUACCAGUGUGUUUAUAGAAUUCCAGUAGAAUGCACUUCAUGUAUGUAAAGGGUUACAUUGGCAAAACUACCAAUACCACAGUGUCCCAUUAGAAACAGUUCUACAGGGUGGUCUACACCUGAGUCAGUGACCCCUUAUAUCAUAAGAUCUGUUUGUAAAAGAUUAUUUGAGUGGUGUCUGACACCACCUUACCUAACAUUGGACAAGUCCUCUACAGAAUGAUUGUUGAGUCUGUGCUAUGUUACCACUUACAGUGAAUCACUGGAGCUUUACUAUAUACAUGAAAAGUUAAUCUGGAUUCUGUAACUCUUGUGAGGAUGUUAUUUUUCUCUUAGUUUGGAAUAAAAUACCUGAAAAGCUAUUUCAUUGAUUAGUUACCUACUGGAUUUACACUUCCUGUUUGGGGAUUUGGUGCUUACUUCUGUGUAAUGGAUAAAAAGAUUUUGUAAAAAUUUCCUGUGAUGGACUUGGAUCAUAACUAGGACUAGUGUAUACCUCAGUGUUCAACAAAUCCAGAUACAAAGUCAAGAUGGCUGCUGGUGUUCUUAUCAAGGGUAGACAACUGCUGCAGUCGACAGAGAUUGAGUAUGGCAACCAGCCACCCAACACAACUGUUGUUGUUCCAGACAGCUCAACAUUGUCACCGCACCAGUCAUGUGAUCAGAUAGACUAUCAUUAUGACAUCGCAAUCAGUGUCAUUUGUUCUAUGUGUUUCAUAUUUGGAAUUAUUUAUACAUUCUUUGGUUACCGGUUCUUCAAAGCCAUAAUGUUUCUGACCGGGUUUAUAUUCAGUGCUGUGCUAGUGUAUGUGAUAUUAUCUGAACAUCAAGUGUUACCAUUAUUGGGAAACAUUGGGGUCGCUGUGGGAGCAGGAAUAUUGUGUGGAAUUAUCACAAUGCUUGUGCAAUAUGUGGGACUAUUUCUUACAGGCUUUCACCUUGGAGUUUCUGUAAGUAUCGCAGUACUUAUAGUUCUGGAGUUCUUCUAUCACCCACAAACUAUCUGGAUUCCAAUUGGUCUUUUAUCAGCAAUGGGAUUACUCUUUGCAAUUUUGACCUUGAAAUUCCAAAAAUCCUUUACUAUAUUUGGAACUAGUGUCUUUGGCGGAGCAUUGAUGGUGGCAUGCCUCGACUACUUCAUUGAAAAGUUCAUGAUUCUGGUAUUUUCGUGGGAGCGUGUAAAGGGAGUUGUGUCUGAACCCAUCUGUUGGUAUAGUUGGGUGAUUCUUGGUUGUUGGCCAUUCUGUUUCAUAGUAGGAAGUAUAACACAGUGGAAAAUCACAGGCCAGGGCUACGACCACAGGGAAGCUGGCCAGAACCGACGAAUGAAGAAAGUAAACCUCCAGAGAGUUCGACAGCGUCAGAAACAUGAAACCCAACAUUCUCGGUACCGACAUUUGUAUCAGACUCGUAGACUCACAGGCGAUGUCAUAACACAGGGAUAUCUAACAUCAGAACACCAGAAGCUGUCACCAUCUACAAAACACCAGACCAUCAUUCCUACAGAACACACGCCGGAACUGGAAAGUACAAAUACCACACUGACACAGAUUCCCUGAGAUCACCCACUUCCAAGAUCUCCUGUACUUUGUUCUUUUGUGCAGAGGACAACAGGACAAAACACUGAACAUUUUAUAUGUCUAAGUUAUGGGUAUCUGCUUCCAGCAUUCCUUGAUUAUGUAGUACAGUCAUCAUCAGGCUCGCUUAAGUGUUUACAUCUGCUUUAAAUGUUAUAAUUAAAUUCAUCCUGAUCACCUGUAUGUUUUAUAUGAUUGCCUACCAGGUAUAUGUUCAUGCAUCUUGUUCAUCUGUAUGUUUGACCUGUUAUUCAUCAGGGUCAUCAGAAUGGUUAAUCACAUGUAACUCAUUGCAAUGACUUGUAAAUCGCAGUUAGAAUUAAUCAUGAUCAUGUAUAGCUAUUGACCUGUCAAUUUGCAUACAAUAUUUUAUACCUGUAUUUUUUACCUUUAACAGAUCUCGUUGCUUGUUGAAUUUUAAAACAGGGUUUAUUUUAGAUUAAUAUUAGAAGAAUCCUAGAACCAGCUCAAAAUUGUUGUUCGUUAAAACUUAAACUUACAACAAUUCUGAGUAAGCGGUAUAUAGAUGUUUUUUUGGAGAUUGAACAGUGGCUGGAUUUGGAGAGGACAUGUGGGUGUAUAUUAUAACUGUACAGUGUAGACAUGUACAACUUAAGCAUCAUUAGAUCUAGAUUUGUUUCAUAUAAAGAAAUGCUGUGUUUAAUUCCUGUUCAAGGCGACAUUAUACAGUAAUAAUCUGUCAGUGAUGGAACCACUGCCAUUUACCUGUUAUUGACCUUAAAUCUUCCUACACAUGUUAAAAGUGAUUGCAGUAAAAUGUAAGUUUAGAUAUAAUGAUUUGUCCUCGUCUCUGUGCAAUAUAAAUCAGUAUUGACUCCGUACUCUUAUUAUUUUUGUGCUUUGUUUGGUUUGUAGAUUGAAGGGUUUUUUAUUGCGCUUAAUUUGUAUCAGAAGAUCCUAAUGAGGAAACCUAUUAGAAAAUAAAGUUACAACUUUUGAGUGUAAUAGUAAUGUACACUUUUUGUAUUUCAUCUUAAAGAAUGUAAAAUUUAAACUUUGAUUAAAUGUUGAAUCCUUAUCUUAAACUUAUUUUGGCAGGUAUAUUCCUUUGUAUGUUUCUCAAUUUAUGUAAAAUUUGGUAAAAAUAUACAAGGUAUUUCUUUAUUUGUAGAUCAAUGUUUUUGUUUAUUAUUUUCUUAAGUUUUAUCAUGAAUAGCAUCAUAAUGAAAUGUAGGAAAGGAACUGGAUACUGAACUUUUGCAUAAUAAUUUGCUUUACUGCCAGAUAUCAUUUUUGUAUCAGAUUUACAGUGAACAACAUACAAUUUUUAUCUAUAUUUGGCAAUAGUUACACUUAAUCAAUUAGUUGAACAGUCACGAUUCCUUAAGAUCUCUUAAGCCCCCUUCACUAUUUCUUUUUUCAAAAUAUCACAAUUUUUUGUUGUCUGUGACUGUACCCAAGGCGAGAGAAAGAAUAUGUAAGGCUAUCUUUCUGUUCAUUGUGGUAUGAUCUUUCAGUAUUUCUAAGACAUUAUUUUAUUUUGGAGCAUAUUCUAGAAGAUGAAGACAAAUGCUUUCCGUUAAAACUUAUUUUUUAACAUGGAAUGUCUUUUUGUUUCUUUAGGGAGAAUUUUACACAAUUUCAUUUCGAAAAAGAAGGAAUUUGUUGUUAAAAAGGUUUAGUGCGAUGCAGUUUCUUUAAUGUUACAAAUGGCUGCAUGCACACUCCAUGGUCACAUUUUCGAUGAAAAACGUCCCUUUAGUGUUGUCUUUCUACCAGCUGUCAUGCAUAUUGCAUACAAGGUUGUAAUACAGACUGCAUCGAUAUAUAUAGAGAUUUAUUGAUAAAGAAGAUUAAUUUUAUAAUAAGUACAUUAAACUCCACACGUAGACAGAAACCUAAUGACAGGUUUGUGUGUUUAUAUGUGAAAUGUAAGAAAGCCUCCUUAACUUAAGCAAAGUUGCUGUUUUCAUUGUUAUGUAAAUAAAACGUUUUCUGAAAUACUGAAA